AGGCAGGCGCCGGAGCAGCAGCCAUGAGCCAGGCAACGGCCGCUUCUUGCGUCUCCUCUCCAUCUUCUCCAUCUCCUGUAGCAGCAGCAGCAGCAGAAGCGCCCUCCGCUCCCGGCUCCCCGGCGUCCGGCAGCCCCAGCCCGGCGGGACCAUGAAGCGGCAGAACGUGCGGACGCUGGCGCUGAUCAUCUGCACCUUCACCUACCUGCUGGUGGGCGCCGCCGUCUUCGACGCGCUGGAGUCCGAGGCGGAGACGGCCGACCGGACGGCGCUGGAGGAGAAGCAGCUGGAGCUGAAGAGCAAGUACAACCUGUCCGAGGCCAACUACUGCGAGCUCGAAGGGGUGGUCCUCAGGCUCAAGCCCCACAAGGCCGGCGUCCAGUGGAAGUUCGCCGGCUCCUUCUACUUCGCCAUCACCGUCAUCACCACCAUCGGGUACGGGCACGCGGCCCCGAGCACCGAUGGGGGGAAGGUCUUCUGCAUGUUCUACGCCCUGCUGGGGAUCCCGCUCACCCUGGUCAUGUUCCAAAGCCUAGGCGAGAGGAUCAACACGCUGGUGAGAUACCUGCUGCACCGUAUCAAGAAGUGCCUUGGGAUGAGGCGGCCGGAGGUCUCGAUGGCCAACAUGGUCACCAUCGGCUUCUUCUCCUGCAUCAGCACCCUCUGCAUCGGGGCCGCCGCCUUCUCCUACUACGAAAACUGGACCUUCUUCCAGGCCUACUACUACUGCUUCAUCACGCUCACCACCAUCGGCUUCGGAGACUAUGUGGCCCUGCAGAAGGAGCAGGCCCUGCAGACUCAGCCCCAGUACGUGGCCUUCAGCUUCAUCUACAUCCUCACCGGCUUGACCGUGAUCGGCGCCUUCCUCAACCUGGUGGUGCUGCGCUUCAUGACCAUGAACGCCGAGGACGAGAAGCGGGACGCCGAGCACCGGGCGCUGCUCAGCCGCAACGGGCAAGCCAGCAGCGUCCACACCACGGACACCACGGCGUCCUCGACGGCCGCCGCGCUGGGGGGCGUGGGGGUGGGCGGCGGGGCCGGGGGCAGGGGGGGCCUCCGGAACGUCUAUGCCGAGGUCCUCCACUUCCAGUCCAUGUGUUCCUGCCUCUGGUACAAGAGCCGGGAGAAGCUGCAGUACUCCAUCCCCAUGAUCAUCCCCAGGGACCUCUCCACCUCGGACACCUGCAUGGAGCAGAGCCACUCGUCCCCGGGGCGAUACCCGGAGACGCCGCCCAACCGCUGCUUCUGCAACGCCCAGCGCUCGGCCAUCAGCUCCGUCUCCACCGGCCUGCACAGCCUCUCCGCCUUCCAGGGACUCAUGAAGCGGCGCAGCUCAGUGUGAAGGCUGGCGAGACCCUUCCCAGGACUGUC